AUGGAUGCACGCUGUACAAAGUUCUAUCACCCUGAAAGGACGGAUGGUGAGAUAUACAGGCUCUGUACAGGAGACCUGUGCCAGUGUGCAGAAGGAGACUGCACUUACCAGAUUAAAAACAGAGUCGACGAAAAUCAACGUUCUGAUAAAGCCUGUGAACCUGGCAUGGAUUAUGUUUAUAAAGUCAAAGUGGAGAACAUGAAUCUGACACAGGAAUCUGACACCUAUGACAUGAAGGUGGAACAUGUGCUGAAAGAAGGCACUGAUGAGGAAGUUGCGGGGAAGACGAGACAAUUUCUGGCCCGUCCCAAUUGCAGAGAACAUUUGGGACUGGAAAAAGACAAGUUGUACCUCGUCAUGGGCAAAUUUUCUGACUUGGGUAAAAGUGUUCAACUACUAUAUGGCGCUGAGGCAGAAGCUGUUCUUCAGUGUGUUGGUCGAUGA